CAAAAGCAAAAUAAAAAAAUAAAAAAAAAAUAAUGACGAGAAAGAAAGUGAAAAUGGCUUUCAUUGAAAAUGAGACAGCAAGAAAAUCAACAUUCAAGAAAAGAAAAAGAGGUGUUCUGAAGAAAGCUCAUGAGUUGGCAACUCUAUGUGACGUCCCCAUCUGUGUUAUCGUCAACAGUGCGUACGAGUCGAACCCGGAGGUGUGGCCAUCGAGAGAGGCGGCUGACAAGGUUGUGUCCCAGUGGAUGAUGAUGUCGGUGAUGGACAAGACCAAGAAGAUGGUGAACCAGGAGACCUUUCUCAAACAAAGGAUCACCAAAGCCACAGAGUCUUGGAGGAAGGCAUGGAGAGAGAAUAAAGAGCUGGAGAUGAAAAACAUCAUGUUUGAUUGUCUUAGUGCCAGAACUUUGGUUUCUCAUCUCCCGAAAAGUGAUCUUCGAGAUUUUAGUUCUGUCAUUGAACAAUAUCUCAAAGAUGUUAAUCGUAGGAUGGAGAUUCUGAAGAGGAACGAUGAUGAAUCAUCUUCGUCCCUAGUUCCUAUUGAUGUCGCUACAACAUCAAGUGUCAUGCCUAUGAUUGAGAUGGGAUCUUCAUCUGUUGGAUUUCAUGAAAAGAUUCAGAACACCAAUAUGGAUUUGGAUCUGAAUAAGAAACAGUGGUGAUCAGAAUUUGAUUGUAUCUUAAGUUUUUGUUACUUAAAUUUUCAAUAAACCUUUAUAUUUGAGUUAUGUUUGUUUUAGUUACAUGUUUGGGUUGGUCUUGACAUGUUGUUGUAUUUUGUCAUGAAUGAAAUUUCAUUUUCUCUA